AUGGACAGCAUCAGGGUCCGAACAGUCGUCUACCUGGGCGUCUGUAUGUCUGUCUUCAGCGUUAUCUGCCAGGGGCAGAUGUCACCCGAUAACAGACUCUCUUCACAAGAGGAACACUUUCCACUGGGAUAUGUCACCAGACAUUUGGUGAGUCGAAUUUACUCAUUUACUUUUUUGGGGGUCAUUCUUCAGGAUUUUAGGAUAAAACAGUUUGUUUUUGCCAUCAACGAAUGUGUGACUACUCUGUGAUAGAGAUGGAGGAUAGUCUACUUUUACCUUAUGUAUUCAAAUUAGCUAUGUAGGCUAUAUGUUAUCUACAUGAUACAUUUGUGCCCAUUCUUGCCCAAUGUCAAGUAGCCGAUUCUAUCGUUCCCCCUUCAAGCUAAUGUCGAAAAAUAGAUGCCAUGCAAUAUUCUUUUGGGUUGAUAAUGAAGAUGGUUCUAAUAAUCUUUAUUGGCGACUUUUUUCAGGCCGAUGCGCUCGAGGGGCUUCUGGAAGGCGGGCAGCAAGACAACAGGAUAGGUCUAUCAGUGGAGAAAAAAGCAAGUCUCAUUCCACGGGUAAGUAAAUUAAGUCAAGAAUAACCUUCGUAUUUUCACAUCUACCUUAUAUCUCUCAGUUCAAAAACGCACCUGAUGCACAACUGAAUGAGCGCAACAGGUUGUACCAGAGCCAUAUAUUUGGAGAGCCAACAUAGCCUAUGGUGCUGUCAGAAGCUGUCUGUUACAUUGAAUAUGCUUUUAUUUGGGAACAGAAAUGUGAAAGUAGGACCUAACGAAUUUUGCUAUACUCUCUCUCCUCUCUCAUAUUUACAGUGUGAUGUUGGAGAGCGGUGCGCUAUGAAGCACGGGCCGCGCAUCGGAAGGCUUUGUGACUGUCUGCGAGGCACCGCAUGCAACACAUUCUUCCUGCGUUGUUAUUGA